AGUGGAGCCCGCUCCGAGCACAGGUUAUAAAGCCCCGGCUGCGGCAGCGGACUGCGGAGUCAAGAUGCGCCCGAAAGAGCAGGUGCAGAGCGGUGCGGGAGACGGGACAGGGUCGGGGGACCCAGCAGCAGGCACCCCCACGACCCAGCCUGCAGUUGGUCCCGCUCCGGAGCCCUCGGCGGAGCCCAAACCUGCUCCAGCGCAGGGAACCGGGUCCGGACAAAAAUCAGGAUCCCGAACCAAGACAGGAAGCUUUUGUCGGUCCAUGAUCAUUGGUGAUUCGGACGCACCAUGGACCCGCUACGUAUUCCAGGGGCCUUACGGUCCCCGGGCCACUGGCCUGGGCACUGGAAAGGCCGAGGGAAUCUGGAAGACACCAGCCGCGUACAUCGGCCGGAGGCCCGGCGUGUCCGGCCCUGAGCGUGCGGCGUUUAUUCGAGAGCUGCAGGAAGCGUUGUGUCCUAAUCCACCACCCACGAAGAAGAUCACCGAAGAUGAUGUCAAAGUGAUGUUGUAUUUGCUGGAAGAGAAAGAACGGGACCUGAACACAGCCGCCCGGAUCGGCCAGUCCCUGGUGAAACAGAACAGUGUCUUGAUGGAGGAGAAUAAUAAGCUGGAAACCAUGCUGGGCUCAGCCAGGGAGGAGAUUUUACAUCUCCGGAAGCAGGUGAACCUGCGAGAUGACCUUCUUCAGCUCUACUCAGACUCUGAUGACGAUGAUGAUGAGGAAGACGAGGAAGACGAGGAAGAGGGCGAAGAGGAGGAACGAGAAGGACAGAGGGAUCAAGACCAGCAGCACGACCACCCCUAUGGUGCCCCCAAGCCACACCCUAAGGCUGAGACAGCGCACCGCUGCCCACAGCUGGAAACCCUGCAGCAGAAGCUCAGGCUUCUGGAGGAAGAGAACGACCACCUGCGAGAGGAGGCCUCCCACCUUGACAACCUGGAGGACGAAGAGCAGAUGCUCAUUCUGGAAUGUGUGGAGCAGUUCUCUGAAGCCAGCCAGCAGAUGGCAGAGCUAUCGGAAGUGCUGGUGUUGAGGCUGGAAGGCUAUGAGAGGCAGCAGAAAGAGAUCACUCAGCUGCAGGCCGAGAUCACCAAGCUACAACAGCGUUGUCAGUCUUAUGGGGCCCAGACAGAGAAACUGCAGCAGAUGCUGGCCUCAGAGAAGGGGAUCCACUCGGAGAGCCUGCGAGCUGGCUCCUACAUGCAGGAUUAUGGGAGCAGGCCUCGUGACCGCCAGGAGGAUGGGAAGAGUCAUCGCCAGCGCUCCUCCAUGCCCGCAGGCUCUGUCACCCACUAUGGAUACAGUGUGCCUCUGGAUGCACUUCCAAGUUUCCCAGAGACACUGGCUGAGGAGCUCCGAACAUCUCUGAGGAAGUUCAUCACUGACCCUGCGUAUUUCAUGGAGAGACGUGACACUCACUGCAGGGAGGGGCGGAAGAAGGAGCAGAGGGCGAUGCCACCCCCACCGGCUCAAGAUCUCAAGCCACCUGAAGAUUUUGAGGCUCCAGAGGAGUUGGUUCCUGAGGAGGAGCUGGGGGCCAUCGAAGAGGUGGGGACAGCUGAGGAUGGGCAGGCAGAAGAGAACGAGCAGGCGUCUGAGGAGACCGAGGCCUGGGAGGAGGUGGAACCGGAGGUGGACGAGACCACAAGGAUGAAUGUGGUGGUCUCCGCCCUGGAGGCCAGUGGCCUGGGCCCUUCCCACCUGGACAUGAAGUAUGUCCUCCAGCAACUGUCCAACUGGCAGGACGCCCACUCUAAGCGGCAGCAGAAGCAGAAGGUGGUCCCAAAAGGUGAGUGUUCCCGCAGAGGACACCCUCCUGCCAGUGGGACAAGCUUUCGAUCAUCAACCAUAUGAGAGGUGAGAGUAGGUGAACAUCCACCCCCUCCCCAGUGAUCGCUUACCUUAACUAGGUCCCACCCAGUGUGCUGAUUUGCAUGGACUUUGCAUACGAUUUACAUACUAUUUACAUAGUUGCCUCCAGUCCCCCUUGGCUAGAACUGCUGCCUCAGUGUUUAUUUAUGCAAAAUCUGCUUACAAGUCCAGCUGUCCGUCCACCUUCUUCCUUGGGGGGCUGAACUGGGAAUCAGGGUUGGGCUAUACACACCUUUGUACCUCAACUUCCUAUCUCUGCCCUAUCCUUCAUCCCGAAUUCCUCUACCCACCAAGACUCCCCAACCCCGCAGCAGCAAACAAACAUGGGGGGCGGGAUCCUGGAGCAGCAGCCCAGAGUGCCGACCCAGGACUCUCAGAGGCUGGAGGAGGACAGGGCCACUCACUCUCCCAGUGCCAGGGAGGAAGAGGGGCCUUCUGGGGCCACCUAGGCCUGGAACGAAGGCCUCUGCCAGCAAGGGCCACAGUUGGACCAUUCCCCCGGGUGAGUGUGGGGCUCCUGCAGGGUGGUAGGGGCGGGUCAGGGUUCCCUCAGCCCAUCUAGAAACCCCAGCUUUGGGGAGCUACGUGCUCUGAGGGCAGGCCUUUCCGGCACUCCCUCUGAGGAGCUGUCUGGGAAAUCAGAUGACUUAGCAUCGGAUCUUCUUUUGUGUUAGCUCCUUUCGUCUUCAUGGCCCUGUGGGUGGGUACAUGUGAUUGUGCACCAUUUAUUAGAAGAGGAACCCGAAGUUCAGAGAUCUGAGAUGACUUGGCCAAGGUCAUACUAGGAGCAGAUCUGAGCCCGUGUCUAUGAGUUCUGAACCCCUGGCCUGGUCUCACUGCUGUCCGCACCUCCUGCUCCCAUCUUUGCGUUCCACCUGAAGUUUUGGCAGCCUCCUUCAGUCGUUCUGAUGCCCCCACCCCCGUUUUGGGGUGCACCAAUGGGUGGAACAUCCCUGGCUGCGGCACAGUAAGAUGGCGCAGGUUGUAAGCUGGGUCAGCACUUCCGUGGCUGACCACGGGGGACCUGAGUGAGGGCCAGUGGUGGUUUUCUGUCGUCUCCUCUGUCAGGGCCGACUGGGUUUGAGGGUGGUCUGGCUCCUGACUCCCAUCCACCCCCUUCUCUUCCCGGGCUUGCUGUUUCCCAGCAGCCGGAAGAAGCCCCACAGACAGCUUGAGACCCCCUCCUUCUGCUGCCUGGCCAAGUCCCACCCUUCCUUUCUUUCCUCUGAAACAGGACCCUACCCCCCGCCCCCCCCAUGUCUGCCAGAAGUUCUCCCUCUCCUGUCCUGGUAGACCUGUCUCCUCUUGUAGGACAGGCUGAAAGAACCCCGGUCCCUCAUUCUGAAACUGGGGCCAAAGCUGUGGCUGCUGGAACCCCAGGGGUGGAAGCAAACUGGGCAGAUUGGCUGGCUACCAGAUCCAGCUCUGAGAUGGGUGUGAGUGGGCGUGUCCCUAGGGUAGGCAGUUAUUGGGGGGGGGGGGGUCCUCUCUAUCCCUUGAACCUCUCACGUAAAGGGACUUCCCCAGUCCUGGUUGGCUUUUUGAACCUGGUCCUUUUCGCUCUUUUUUACCCUUCUCCGUUUCUAUUACUGUGUGUGACGUAAAGUGUAUCUGCGUGAGGGUUGUGUCCCUCUGCCCAGUGCUGUCUCUGUGUCCUGUGGCCUGUGAGUUUCCUUCUAGAGUUCUGCCUUCCUCCACAUCCGUGCUCACACAGAGCUGUGGCCUCAGCGCCUGCCCUGCUUCUGCAGCGCUUCAUAGUCUUGUAGCUAGUCAGCCUUUGUAUUGAUGUAUGUGCCAAUGUGGGAAAUAAAGAACUUGUGAGAUAUC